CGCCACUUCGAUUUAUUUCUGUCUCUCGACCAAGGCAAAGAAAUUUCAAACGAUAACUCAAGUGUCCAUUUCUACUUCUUGUUCUUGCUUCUUUCCAUUUUGCCUUUUUUACAUCGAUUCACUCACUCAUAAGACCUGCCCCUCUACUCCUAUGGAAAGAACCGACAAUUCGCCACCCAAAUUUUCCUUAAGGGAGUUUUUCAAGUCCUUGAUCGAUCACAAAGGGAAAAAUAAGCCUGAAGAGGUCCGCAACUACCUCCUCGUUGUGGCCACCCUAAUUGCCGCAGUGACUUUCCAAGCCGGCGUCAACCCUCCUGGUGGUGUCUGGCAAGAGAACUCGCACGAUCACAAAGCAGGGCGGGCCAUCUAUGCCUCAGACGUGAUGGCCUUCUACGUUUUCCUAACGUGCAACACUCUCGCCCUCUCCUCGUCAAUCUUCCUCAUAAUCAACCUCACUUGGGGCUUCCCGUUCUUCCUCGAGGUGCUCGUUGCGACGGUGUCGAUGCUGAUGACUUAUGGGGCCUCCAUCUUCGCGAUCACGCCAACAGAGACGAUGCCGUCGGUGCAAUUCCGGAAUAUCGCAGGGGACAUUUAACUUCAAAGCAGGCCUCGGGUUCGGAGCCCACAAGCACCUCAAAACAGCCUUCAAAGCGUACUGGAAAUCCACUACAAAGCUUGUUGAUCUUGGCUAGAACAGCAGCUUGGAGGCGCGAGGGAGGCGGCCAAGGGCGAACGGUGUGCGUGAGUGGUGCGGCUAGGCGGACAGCGCGACUCCAGCAGCGUGUGGUUUCGACGUGCGACGGCGAGUUGCUCCAAUUCUUCCUUCGGUGGCUGCUAGUCGUGUAAGAUGGAGGGAGAGAGGAAGGAGCUGCAUGAUCGGAUGAAGGAGAGGAGAGAGGGAGAGAUAAGGUGGAGGGCCCCUUGGCCAAGCUUUUCCACCGAGUUGUCUCCCAAGCCUUGUCCAAGAAGCCAGCAACCCUUGGCUGCAAUUGAGCCACCAAAACUCUCUUGUACAACAUG